AUAUUAUUUAUAUUUUGAAAUGGCAAUGUAAGAAAAGUUCCCGAAGGAAUAAGAAUUAUACAGAUUACUUGGUUAAUGUGCUUAUAGAAAUCAGUAGAUUUAAUUUAUAAUCAUUAUAUAGUAAUUUAGUUGCUAAUGAUGCUGCCAAUAUUCUAUUCAAUUACCAAAAAUUAUUCAAUCCACUAAUUACAUAAACAAGUACAAUUUUAUCUUAAAUUAAGGUGAAUCAGGAAUGAUUAAGUAAUUGCUUGAACUCAAAGGAGAAUGUACCAUUUAAUUUCAUAUUAGUACCAAUUAAAUACAAAGGAUAAACUUACUCUAUUAUCACAUCCAUUUAGUUUCCAUUUAUUUAUAAUGAUGCACCAGCUAUUAUUAGAAUUUAUAAUCCAGAUAUAUCCAAGUUCUCUGUCAAUCAAUAUUUCAUUCAAGGAGCUUCAUAAGAUUAAUCUGUUGUUAAUAUCCACAAUUAAGAAUUAUAAAGUUGGUACCAACAUAAAUCUAUAGUAAAUAUUAUUAUUUAUAAUAAGGCAAGAGUGAUGGUCACUUUAGUAAGAGAAUUGGAAUCAUAUUUUCCAUUUUUCAACAAAGUUUAAUAACCUAUAUAAAUGUAAGUUUAAUCGCUAAUUAUAGGAUACCUCCUUAACAGUAAAUUCCAUAUUAAGCUUAACUAUAGCAACCAUAUUAAAACAAAAACUAAAUUUAAUAUUAAUAAUAAUAUCCAAAUAACGCUAAUAAUUACUAUAAUUCCUAAGCUUAUAAUCCAUAUAUAAAUCCUUAAUAACAGCCUUAGGGCUAACCUAAUUAUUAAUAAGGUAAUAAUAUGAUAGAAAAUGAGCAGAAACUUAAAGAAAGAUGCAAUCAAAGUAAAAAUUUUAGUUCAUUUAUUUAGUAUUUUAUGAAGAUUUAAAUUAAAUUUAAAAUGAUUACAAAACUUUGCAUUAACAUCACGAUAAAUUAAUUGAAGAGAUCAUGAAAUAAGAAAUCAAAAAAAAUAAUUUACAAAAUUUAGAAAAUUAAAUUGAAUAAUCUCUUUUAUUGUUAGAUAAUGAAAAUAAAAUGUUAAAUGAAUUUAUUGUAAAAAAUGACGUAUUAGAGUAUGAAAUUUAUUUAUUUUAGGUUAAAUGAAGAUACCCUAUUUUAAAAUAUUAAAGAAGUUGAUUAAUUCUCAACCUAAAUCUUAGAUUUAUAUUCAGACAUUCAAGCAUGCAAAGAAACAUUACAUUUUAUUGUAACAAAAUUUAAAAGUUUUAAUUUACCAUUUGAAACUGUUAUAAAAGUAGGAUAAUUACAUAAUAUUAUUAGCUGACUCGUAAAUAUUCUGAAGAACAAUUUAAUAAUAUAUUAUUAUUAAAAAAAUAUACAUCAAAAAAAAUAUGA